GCCAUCACCACCCUAUUCACAGCACUAUGUGCAAUCACACAAAACGACAUUAAAAAAAUUGUAGCCUUCUCAACUUCAAGCCAACUGGGCCUAAUAAUAGUGACAAUCGGAAUUAACCAACCCCACCUAGCAUUCCUCCACAUCUGCAUACAUGCCUUCUUCAAGGCAAUGCUAUUCAUAUGCUCCGGGUCCAUCAUUCACAGCCUCAACGAUGAACAAGACAUUCGAAAAAUAGGCGGACUGUACAAAGCAAUACCAUUUACAACAACAGCACUAAUCAUUGGAAGCCUAGCAUUAACAGGAAUACCCUACCUCACGGGAUUCUACUCAAAAGACCUUAUCAUCGAAGCAGCAAACAUAUCCCAUACAAAUGCCUGAGCCCUACUAAUAACAUUAAUUGCCACAUCUCUAACUGCUGCUUACAGUACUCGAAUCAUCUUCUUCGCACUCCUAGGACAACCACGCUUCUCACCUCUGGUAUUAAUUAAUGAGAACAAUCCCCUCCUAAUUAACUCUAUCAUGCGCCUCCUGACCGGAAGCAUUUUUGCCGGCUUCAUUAUCUCUAACAAUAUUCCACCAAUAACAGUGCCAAAUGUAACUAUACCCCUUUACAUAAAAAUAACAGCCCUAGUCGCAACUAUCAUAGGCUUCAUACUAGCCCUAGAACUAAACAACAUGACCUAUUAUCUAAAAUUUAAAUACUCAUCACAAACAUACAAAUUCUCCAACAUACUAGGGUAUUACCCCUCCAUUAUACACCGCCUACCAACAUAUCACAACCUUUCCAUAAGCCAAAAAUCCGCAUCAUCACUACUAGACCUAAUCUGACUAGAAACAAUCCUACCAAAGACAACUUCCUAUAUUCAAACAAAAAUAUCUAUUAUAGUAUCAAAUCAAAAAGGCUUAAUCAAGCUAUAUUUCCUAUCCUUUCUCAUUACCAUUAUAAUAAGCAUAAUACUGUUUAAUUCCCACGAGUAAUUUCUAUAAUGACAACAACCCCAAUAAGCAAUGAUCAGCCAGUAACAAUAACCAAUCAAGUACCAUAACUAUAUAAAGCAGCAAUACCCAUGGCCUCCUCACUAAAAAACCCUGAAUCACCUGUAUCAUAAAUUACCCAAUCCCCAAGCCCAUUAAACUUAAAAACAAUUUCCACUUCCUCUUCUUUCAAUACAUAAUAAACUAUACAAAACUCCAUUAUAAGACCAGAAACAAACACCCCAAGAACAGUUUUAUUAGAAACUCAAACCUCAGGAUACACCUCAGUAGCCAUAGCAGUAGUAUAACCAAAAACCACCAAUAUACCUCCUAAAUAAAUUAAAAAUACCAUUAAACCUAAAAAGGACCCACCAAAAUUCAACACAAUACCACAACCAACUCCACCACUCACAAUCAACCCAACACCCCCAUAAAUAGGAGAAGGCUUAGAAGAAAAACCUACAAACCCAAUAACAAAAAUAACACUUAAAAUAAAUGCAAUAUACAUUAUCAUUAUUCUCACAUGGAAUAUAACCAUGACCAAUGAUAUGAAAAAUCAUCGUUGUACUUCAACUACAAGAACCUUAA